UAUGUUCAUUUGUCAAAUAGCAUGUCGCGAAAACUUUGCAUUGAUUCAUUGAUUUCAAAGCUUGCAAAUAGGAUUGCACAGUUUGGUGCCCAUGGUUGGUUAUGAAGGCAAAGCGCGUGCACCAAGGAUGUCGCAUCAUCAUUAUUUUGUGGUUCCUGCUAGCAUCUCUUGAGCAGAACAAUUUUGCGGAGGUGCGUCCGGAUUCACUCCAGCAGAACCUUGAAGCCCGGUUCAACGAGUAUGCUGAAGAGGGAGAUAUUGCAAACACAGAGCACUACUACACCAAGUUGCCCUACAAAAGAAGCCUGGUCAGGAGGCGAAUCAACACAUUGAUCAAGGCGUGUGCCAACGCAGGGAAUUUGACGCGUGCAGAGUACUGGCUUGGCUAUCUUCAAGAGAUGAACGUGCAGCAGAACCCUAAGGGCUUAGGCAAGAUGCUGGAGGCUGCAGGGAAGGCAGGCAAUUUGAUCAAGGCUGAGGAGUACUUUGUGAUGCUUAGUCAGCUUGUGCGCGAGCCUCCCACGGAGAUGUUUAAUUGCAUAAUCGAUGCGGCUGCAAAGAGUGCAAACAUCAACAAAGCCAUGGCAUGUAAAAAAAGGAUGCAGAUCGAAGGAGUUCAACCUGACCGAAUCACGUAUCAAGCUUUGAUCACAGCGUGCAGUAAUGCUGCAGACAGCGCUUUCGCAUUAGAACUGGUCGACGAGAUGCAUGUCACUCGAUUGGAGCCGGAUGAUGUGCUUUACAAGUCGGUGAUCAACGCCCUAGGCCGCAGUGGCCGGGCUCCAGAGGCGGAAAAGAUGUUGAGAGAUCUCUCCAUGAAAAGCCUACAACUCGACACAAUUGCGUACACCAGCGUGAUCGAUGCAUGGGCAUCAUCUGGGGUCAGUGAACAGUCCCUGAAGAUCUUUGAUGAGAUGCGACAGCAAGGUUUGCAGCCAAACCUCUUGACCUACAACGUCACUCAUACCAUGCAAUACUACUUUUUUGUGGCAGCUGGUCAGCGGCACAAACACCGAAUCUCGAAGGCACCUGGAACCGCUGAGGCUUUGAUCAAGGCAUUGGCAAAAAGGCCUGACAUGUCUGCAGCAGAGGAGGUUCUUGUGGAGAUGCGGACACAGGGAGUGCAGCCAAGUGUGAUUACUUACAGCACCUUAUUGGACGGUUACGCGAAGGCUGGUAAGGCAGAGGAGGCUGAGGAGUUGCUGCAGGCAAUGAAAUCACUUGUAGUGCAUCCAAAUGAAUUCAGCUACGGGGCCCUAAUUGAUUCCUGGGCUUCAAGAGGCAAUGUUGAGAAAGCUUACACCGCUUUGUCUGACAUGGCAAAGGCAAAUCUACAGCCAACGGUGAGGAGCUUCAAUCUGCUUUUGAAAGCUUGCGCCCAGAAAGGCGACCUCAGCAGAUCUACUGCCGUGUUAGAUGACAUGGUUGGCAUGAUGAUCAUCCCAGACAUUUACAGCUACAACUCAGCUUUGAAUGCAUGCGCCAAAGCAAGCAAUGCAAGCCAAGCUGAAGCAAUCCUCCAAAGCCUUCUGUCAAGUCGCGUCCAAGCUGAUGUGGUCAGCUUCAACUCUGUCAUCAAUGCCUACGCGAAGCAGGGAAAUGCUGAUGGCGCUUGCGAGAAGCUAGAGGAUAUGAUAGAAUGUGCUGUACAGCCUUCAACUAUUAGCUUCAAUUCAGCACUGGAUGCUUGUUCCAAAGCUGGACAAGCAAAGGAGGCGCAGCACAUCAUGGAGAAGAUGCAGGGGUUGCAGUUAGUACCGGAUGUUUUUUCAUUCACCUCCUUGAUCAAGGCUUAUGGCCAAUCUGAGCGGUUAUCAGAAGCGAGGUCAGUGCUGGAAGAGAUGUGGUCGAAAAAGGUUGUUCCAAACCAGUUUACCUACGCGUCUCUCAUCUAUGCCUGCAAGCGGUGCCAGGAAGACCAGAUGGCGGCGGAGCUCCAGGCAGAAAUGAAGCAAAGGCAAUUGGGUUCAACGAAGCAGCCUAGACCUGUCAGAUCUUCGCAGCCAAAGACAUUCAAUGUUGCCAAAGAACAUGAGAAGAGGCGAUUGCAGACAAGGCCAAAGUGAAUCGACAGUUCACAACGAUUGCCUCCUUGGACCUCGAGCUUGCGGUACAUCCUCGUAGCGAAGCAGCAGUACCUGCAGUUGGAUAGAAGCUCCUGGACACAAUGCAAGUCGUUGGUCGUUGGCGAUCAUUGCCGGCUCCGCCGCUCCGCCCAUUACAGGGAGUGAGGCCAUGAUUUGCUGGUGAUGAAGGUCUUGGACGAUGUGUUUGUCUUCAUUUGGCAGCAUUGCACAAAAUACGCAAGCUGACGCAGGCUGGCCGAAAGCUGGCCAUUGUGUCAAAUCUUGCCAUGUGCACUGUCAUGCACACUCAGGCACUCAGUUUUUUGACACGCCGCCGCUUGAAAA